AAGCUCAUUUGGUCCAUUGCUCAGGGACCUCCCCUGCAAAUCCUUUGCCUCCCAUGGCGCGGGCUCAACUGCUCCCCUAUGUGCUUGCUAUUGGCGCUUGCACCUUCCUGGUGUCAACCUUGAGUUUCGUAUCGUCACCAGCAACGACAGUAGAACGCAGCCGGGCUUUGCGUGCUUUGCCACAGCCUGGAGCCAAGACUGAGGAGAAAACGGAGGAGAGCAACGGGGGAGAGUUCAAGAUGCCCAAGCCUGACAUGGGCCUGAUGAACCGACAGGCCAGAGUUGGACAAUCCGUUGACCAAGACAGGCGUGGAAACAUGUGGUCUGUUGAGCCUGCGACAAGGAUCAGAACAGAUGAUGAUGGGGGCGAGCUGCUUCCAGCAGGAAUCUACUUCCCUAUCGUCAUUGUGAUCACCAUCGGCAGCAUCAUUGUCCUCGCUCAAGUGCUGGGCAACGACGCCCGCUUCGGUGGCAUGCUGGGCGACGAUGCUCGCGGCAUCAACGAGUGGGGCUAAGCACAUCCCCACAUUUGAGCGCUGCAGAAUUUCCGAACAAUUUUCAAUCUCACCGUGAGCAGUAGCAGUUGAAGGCAGUAGCACAUGUC